GGGCGAGCGCGGCACAGCCUGCGGCCGGAGGGCGGAGAGAGCAGCGCGUGGAGGAGAGCAGCUCCGUCUGCGGGCAGCCCCGGAGAGCCUAUGACAGUUUCUAGGAAUCAAGAUCAGGAUCUCCAGGCCUGAAAAUGGACUCCAUUUCUCUGAUGGGCAGCAGCCCUGCUACCACCAAAGCCUCCUUCUUGCCCAACGGAUUGAAGAAUGGGCCCAGGGAGGGGCCCAGCAAGCCCACCGUGGCCAUCAUUGGCUCUGGGGACUUCUCCAAGUGUUUGGCCAUUCGCCUGCUCCGCAGUGGCUUCCAUGUAGUGGUGGGCAGUCGUCAGCCCAAGCGGGCAGCUGAGUUCUUUCCUCAUGUGGUGGACGUAACCCACCAUGAAGACGCAGUAGGGAAGGCCUCCAUGCUUUUCCUGGCGAUCCGCAGAGAGCACUACCCUUCUCUCUGGGACAUUAAGCACCUCCUGGCUGGCAAGGUCUUGAUAGAUGUCAGUAACAACAGGCGGGUGAACCAAUACCCCGAAUCCAAUGCAGAGUACCUUGCUUCCCUUUUCUCAGAGUCCACUGUGGUCAAAGGGUUUAACGUUAUCUCAGCUUGGGCUAUGCAGUCAGGCCCCAAAGAUGCCAGUCGGCAGGUGUAUAUCUGCAGUAACUCAGUAGAGGCGCGACAGCAGGUCAUUGAGUUGGCCCGGCAGCUCGGCUUCAUCCCAGUGGAUAUGGGCACCCUGUCCUCAGCCAAGGAGAUUGAGAACAUGCCGUUACGCCUGUUCUCAGACUGGAAAGGUCCUGUUCUGACCGCUGUGGCCCUGUCCAUUUUCUUCUUCGCCUACUCUUUCGUUCGGGACAUCAUCCAUCCUUACAUGAAGAGCAGGCAAAGCUUCUUUUAUAAGAUCCCUCUGGAAAUGGUCAACAGGACACUGCCUGUGGUGGCUAUAACUCUACUGGCACUUGUGUAUUUAGCAGGGCAGUUUGCUGCUGCACACCAGCUCUUUUACGGGACCAAAUAUAGACGCUUCCCCCAUUGGCUGGAGGGCUGGCUGCAGAGCAGGAAGCAGCUGGGCCUGCUGAGCUUCUUCUUUGCAUGCGUUCAUGUGCUGUACAGUCUCUGCCUGCCCAUGAGGAGAUCUGAAAGAUAUCUGCUACUCAACAUGGCCUACCAGCAGGUCCAUGCUAACAUUGAAAACUCAUGGAACGAGGAGGAGGUGUGGAGAGUGGAGAUGUAUGUGUCUUUCGGUAUUAUGAGUCUUGGACUGCUCUCUCUCUUGGCAGUCACAUCCAUUCCAUCAGUAAACAGCGCCCUCAACUGGCGAGAGUUCAGCUUUAUCCAGUCUACUCUUGGCUAUAUUGCCCUGCUUAUUGCUACAUUCCAUGCGCUGCUGUUUGGCUGGAAGCGGGCGUUUGAAGAGGAGGCCUAUCGUUUCUACUUGCCGCCUAGCUUUGUGGUGGCUCUGGUGCUGCCUGUGACAGUGAUCGUGGGGAAAGGUGUGUUGCUACUGCCCUGCGUGGCCUGGAGGCUGAAGAGAAUCCGCCGCGGCUGUGAGAACAGCCAGCGCCACGCUGACCAUGAGAGGCCCGCUGCUCAUGUGUCCCCAGAAAGGGUGACCAUCAUGUAACUGUAUCUGUGCUACACAUGGCUCAGCAGCACAACCAAAAUCAGCCUAUUCUGCAGUGCCCUGUCCUCUCUGUGACCCCUGCUUUGACCAGCCAGUAGAAGCCACUGUCUGAUUUUUUUUUUUUUAACAUCAUCUUUGUCACAAAGGUGGUCACAAGAUGUUGUUUGUGGAAACACAUAGAAUUAAGAAGCGACCAUCCACGCUUUAUUUUCAUGUGGCUCUCAAGUUUAAAGUGAAUUGUCUUUCAAGCUGGUGUUUGCUUACCUUUUGACUUCUGUCCACACGCAUUAUAAUGGUCAUCUACAGAAUAAGUGACAGUGUCAAACUCAGUAGGCAUGUGGUAGAGUUUCUUGUUCAGUAUCUUGGAGCCUCUAACUAAAACUGUAAUCUACAUUCUAUCCAUGCAACUAUGGCCGUGCACACUCACAGACAGUCAUUCUACCUUCAUAUAAUACCAUGGCAAUCAAAACCAGUAUAAUACAUUAAAUGCACAUUGAUUUUCAUAAUGUUGUUAUAUGCUAGUGAUUUUUGCGAUACAUGUUGUUGUAGGUUAAUUUGUGGCUAAGUUGCUGGGCCGGUAGAAUGUAUUUGUCAAAGGCUUUCCAGCUGCACCCACAAAGCAAUAUCAGCUAGCAAGACCUCAAUCCACUGUACAGCCUCAACACUUUUCCACAAAGGGUCAUCAGACUGCAGAACUGAUAAGACGUUUUGUUUCUUUUUGUGUGACUAAAUGUAAACUAAAUGUAUUACACAUUUCUGUGUACCCCUAAUGUAAAUGUUGCCACAGGUGUUCAGUGUAAAAUCUGUCCCAGUUAGUGUCUGAAAAUCACAAGGAUGAAGGAAAAUAAACUCAUAAUGCUCUGCUGUCCCACAUGAACAUGGGACAAACAAAAAAAUCAUAAUAAUCUCAACUUUUUUAACUUGACCCUACUAGUAAUAACAGUGGUGUAGUAUGGUGGGUUAGUUAAGCUAACUUUGGGGUCCACUUGUGACAGCACUAAGGUGUUCUGAUCUGAUACAUUGAAAUUCAAUUUGAGACUCAUCUAAUCUAACUUUGAUAUCUCCCAGUUGAGACACCAUCACCUGUUGUUUACUGUGACAGUGGCAUUUAUUUUGUCAACUGUGCCAAAGCACAAAAUAAAAGAAUGAAAUA